UGUAACGAAACUCGCACAUAUCACUGUAGGGUCUUGUGAUCAUCGCUGAAAACUGUGUGGACAUAAUACAGUUUUGGUCCCGUGCAAAAUCCUCAACAAUCCGUGCAAAAAUGUCGUCCAAGGAUCGUAUUCCCAUUUUUCCUUCUCGAGGUGCUCAGAUGCAAAUGAAGGCCCGGUUGGCUGGAGCCCACAAGGGGCACGGACUGCUGAAGAAAAAGGCCGAUGCUCUCCAGAUGCGUUUUCGCAUGAUCCUCAGUAAAAUUAUUGAGACCAAAACGUUGAUGGGCGAAGUAAUGAAGGAGGCUGCCUUCUCUCUGGCAGAGGCCAAAUUUGCAUCAGGUGAUUUCAACCAGGUUGUCCUGCAGAACGUCACCAAGGCCCAGAUUAAGAUACGUACUAAGAAAGAUAAUGUGGCGGGAGUGACGCUUCCUGUAUUUGAGUCGUACCAAGACGGAUCGGAUACCUACGAACUCACCGGAUUGGCCAAGGGUGGACAGCAGUUGCAGAAACUGAAGAAAAACUAUCAGAGCGCUGUGAAGCUGUUGGUGGAGCUUGCAUCACUGCAGACUUCGUUCGUAACUUUGGAUGAAGUGAUUAAAAUUACGAAUCGGCGUGUCAAUGCCAUCGAACAUGUCAUCAUUCCGAGAAUCGAUCGUACACUAGCGUACAUUAUUUCUGAGCUUGACGAGCUGGAGCGUGAGGAAUUUUAUCGUCUCAAGAAGAUUCAAGAUAAAAAACGUAUUGCCAAGAAAAAGGCGGAAGAGAAACGUGCCGCACUGUUGCAGGAAGGAAUCGACGUGCGCAACCAGGCUAACAUACUUGACGAAGGGGACGACGACAUUCUUUUUUAAAAUCGCUUUCUCCGUUAACUAUGAACAUGUUUUUAUGCGACAGGUUGCAAGUAGAUGGGAGAAUCUUGUUGCGCCAUCUUUUUCUGUUGUUACUUUAAAAUUGUUAAACAAGGUCUUUAUAUUCUUUGCAUGGCGAUAGAUUUAAUAUAUGUAUGUGUAUGUAUAAUCGUAUGAUGAUGGUAUCCCAACAAAAAUGCACAUGGUUCAACAGGAUCCGGGUACAUCGAUCAUAACAGUAAAUAUAGGAAGAGAAAAGAGCCACAAUCGCGCAAGUAAACCAA